AUGACCACUUCAACCCAGAACAGACACAUUCACGACUCGAUCCACGGUGCAGUGGAGUUCGGGCCGCACGUUUGGAGGAUUGUCGAUACCAAACACUUUCAAAGGCUGAGGCAUAUCAAACAGCUUGGGACAAGCUACUAUGUCUGGCCAGGUGCUGCCCAUAACCGCUUCGAGCACUCGCUCGGAACUGCCUACCUCUCGCGCCAAAUUAUAACAGCCAUUCGUAACCGGCAACCUGAGCUCAAGAUUACAGACCGCGACGUGCGCUGUGUCGAACUAGCAGGUCUCUGCCAUGACCUAGGACAUGGACCGUGGAGUCACGUGUGGGAUUCCAUGUACAUCCCACGUGCAUUGAAGGGGAGUAACUGGGCUCAUGAGCAAGCGAGUGAGAUGAUGUUCGACGACAUGGUCAGCGAGUACAAACUCCACGACGUCGUCCCUCCCGAGGACGUCAAAUUCAUCAAAGCACUGAUUGCUGGAGAGCGCGAGCGCUGUAUGGAAGAGAAAAGCUUCCUGUUUGAGAUAGUUGCGAACAAACGCAACGGCAUCGACGUGGACAAGUUUGACUACAUGGCCCGAGACGUGCGUGCGACGGGUGAUAGCUCCAACCUUUCCUUGAACCGCGUGAUUCAGACGUCGGCACGGGUCAUCGACGGAGAGAUCUGCUACAACAUCAAAGACGCCGACCAGAUCUACGAGCUGUGUCAUACGCGUUUCAAGCUGCACAAGACUAUCUACAACCACAAGACAGCGAAGGCUAUCGAGCAUAUGCUCAUCGACGCAGUCAUGGCUGCUGAACCCUACUUGAAGAUCGCCGAGCAAAUCUCGGAUCCAAAGAGGUACCUUCAUCUGACGGACAACAUCAUGCCACGUAUUCAGGAGAGCACAGAAGACGAACUCGCUGAAGCUCGUCGCAUCUUCGAUCGCGUCACGAAUCGGGACCUCUACCGCUGCGUGGACUACAAAGUCUUCUCCUACGACGAACGACCCGUCCUCCAGCAGGAGGUUACUGAAGAAGCCGUUGUCCGCGCAGCCAAAUCCUUAAAACCCGGCAAAUUCCGCUUCCCCGCCGGAACCGACAGCAACUUCCCCGGCUUCGGCUCUAUCGACGACGACCAGGACGACCUCGACGAUGCUCCCGCCCUCAUCGACGCCGAACGCCUAGCAGCGCUGCGACCAUGCGACGUGGUUGUCACGAUGAGCACGAUGCACUACGGCAUGAAGAACGAGAACCCGCUCAACAAGAUCUCGUUUUACUCGAAACGGCACCCGAAUCGGUCGGCACAUGCAACGUCGGGAGAUCUCAGCACGCUUCAGCCUGCUAGCUUUGCGGAAGUCCUGCUACGCGUGUAUGCCAAGGAUGCGCGGGACGCUCUAAUCGUUCAGGCCGGGUACAGAGUGCUCAUGCAACAAGUCUGGGCGCGCCACCCGCGCGAUGCAUCCGGUGUACUGUCCCCGACAUUGGAGUCCCAACCUUCCUUCUCCGGCUCGUCCGACGUAUCCGGCCCAGACGCUGCGCCGCCGCCAACGCAACCAUUGACCGACACUGCGCGUCCGCACAAGCGCACCUUCAGCAAGUCGCGCAGUUUCGGAGGCGCCGACGAGCCGGACGAUCUAUUUAACCAGUUCAAUACGCUCGCGCCUGCUUUGAAAGGCCCGGCACGAGCUUCGCCUGGCCGGUCUACUGCUGCGAGACCGCGUCCUAACCUGUCGAUGGGCGAGGAUGAUUGGUCUGCUGCCAUGGGGUCUGGGUCUGGAGGGCGUGGUGAUGGAUCGCCGGAGAGGCAGCCUGCGCCGGUGUUUCCCGCGCUACUCAGUACGGGGUCCCCUAAGCGCCCAAGGGAAGGUGAAGAGCUGUUGGACCCGGCGAAGAAACCGCGGUCGUAG